AUGGCAGAGAAAUCAGGCGUCACCGGCGCCGACUUCGAGUUUGUUAAAACUCCUGCUUAUCCCAAGCCUGACUUUGACAAGCUUGAGGAUGUUGGUGUUCCUACUACCAGGUAUCCCGCCAUCAAGAACGCUCCUCUUCCUGCCGAUGGCUCUGGUGCCGAUACCUUCAACAACUAUGUCCUCAUCUCCAUCCUGGUAGCUGUCCCUUGGUUCCUCAGCCGAAAGGUUGGCGGUGGACUCAAGACCACCAUCUUCUUCGCCCUCAUCGUCGAUCUUCCCCUGCUCGCCGCUUGGUGGCUUGUCAUCUCCUCCAUCAGCCCUCGCAAGAAUGAGAAGGUUCGCCUUCCUAACCGUGGUGUCGAGCACUACCUCGAGUUCAAGAAGGAGGCCGACCGCCUCAAGUACCGUGGCAGCAACAAGAUCCCCAUGGAGACCUUCCACGAGAUGUACUUCGAUGGUGAUGUUGAUUUCAAGGGUGACUGCCUCGAGGUUAUGGAGUACCGCCACGACUGGGCCAGCUUCCGCUUCACCAUUGGUCUCAUCAAGUUCUUUCUCUUUGGCAUGAUUCCUGAGGUUAUCAUGCACACUCGCUCUCAGGACGAGGAGCAGGUCCGUGACCACUACGACCGUGGUGAUGACUUCUACGGCUGGUUCCUUGGUCCCCGCAUGAUCUACACUUCUGGCAUCAUCUCCGACAUCAACCGCGAGGAGACUCUUGAGGAGCUCCAGGACAACAAGCUUACUGUCGUUUGCGAGAAGAUUGGCCUCAACAAGGGUGACUCUAUGCUUGAUAUUGGCUGUGGCUGGGGCACUCUUGCCCGCUUUGCCAGUGAGCAGUAUGGCGCCCACGUCACCGGUGUCACUCUUGGCCGCAACCAGACCGCUUGGGGUAACAGCAGCAUGCGCAAGGCCGGUAUCCCCGAGGAGCAGAGCAAGAUCCUCUGCAUGGAUUACCGUGAUAUUCCCGUUCCCGAGGGUGGCUACAAGAAGAUCACCAGCCUUGAGAUGUCUGAGCACGUUGGUAUCCGCCACUUCGGUAGCUUCUUGAAGCAGGUCCACGACAUGCUUGAUGAUGAUGGUGUCUUCUUUCUUCAGUACGCUGGUCUCCGUAAGGCUUGGCAAUACGAGGAUUUCACCUGGGGUCUUUUCAUGAACAAGUACAUUUUCCCUGGUGCUGACGCUUCUACUCCUCUCGGCUGGGUUGUCGACAAGCUGGAGGGUACCGGCUUCGAGAUCAAGCACAUCGAUACCAUCGGUGUUCACUACUCUGCUACUCUCUGGAGGUGGUACCGCAACUGGAUGUCCAACCGCGACAAGGUUGAGGCCAAGUACGGCAAGCGAUGGUUCCGUAUCUGGGAGUACUUCCUGGCCUACUCCACCAUCAUCUCUCGCCAGGGUAGUGCUACUUGCUUCCAGAUCACCCUGGUCAAGAACAUCAACUCCACCCACCGAGUUGAGGGCAUUGAGACCCAGUUCGCCAUCACCGGAGCUCUGGACAACUGCCGCGCUGAUCUCCAGUCGUGGGCUCAGAGAAACAACGUCAAGACUCCCUCCGAGUACCUGUAA